AUGGCGGCGGCGGUGCAAGGCAGCGAAUGGUCUUGUGGCCGAUGCACCUUCCUAAACGCAGCGGCGGCGCCGCGCUGCUCCAUCUGUGAGGCACCUCGCCAGAAGCCUGACCUAAACCAGAUCCUGAGGCUAAGCAGCACCGAAGAGCAGCAACGCUGGGCCUGCCCCCGCUGCACCCUCAACAACCCCCAGGGCUCCGGCGCCUGCACCAUCUGUGGCUUUGGACCCUCGCCAAGCACCCCCACACCGACCACAACCAUGGCGACCAUCGCCAAUGGCCUCGUGCUGCCGGAGACUCCCACGCCUGUCAUGACUCCCAUGGUUCUCCUGGAGCCCCGCGGGCAGCAGCUGUCCGAGGAGGCACUGAGGAGGUCAGAGAGCAACGGGGAGGUGGGGGGCCUGAGUGGCCUGGGUGGACCCGAGGGGCAGCAACACCACCACUUGGGCUGGGCGUGCCCACGAUGCACACUUCAUAAUACUCCUGUUGCACUGUCUUGUUCGGCCUGGGGACCAAGGAAACUGUCGCUGCCCAAGAUCCCCCCUGAGGCGUUGGUGGUGCCCGAAGUGCGCACGCCCGUGAUAGGGUUUCCCGUCCACGUGGCCCCUGCCCUCCCGCUCCUCAUUGACUUGACGGAUGACUCACCCACUGCAGCUGCCCCCUGCGAACCCCAGGAGCUCCCCCACAGCUACUUGCCCCCACCGCCACGCUCCUCCCCUUUCACGCCCUUCUCCUCUCUCCAGAACAACCCGGUGCCCCGCAGCAGGAGAGAGGUGCCCCCACCGGGGCGUCCGCCCAACCCGAACCUCAAUGCCCCAAGCCCAACUUCUCCAUCCACGGCCUGCGUGCUGCCCCAGCACUGCCCUGCCCUCUGCCCUGCCAAGCCCAAGCACGCCCAGCCCCAGGAGCCCUCCUUCCCCAGCAAGCGCCACAGCGUCCUGGAGGAAGGGGACGGCACCCACCCCCUUCCUUAUCACACCUCCAAGACCCCCGUCACAUCAGCACCCACCUGGAAGUGCCAUGGAUGCUCCCUGCCCAACCUGAGUGACUCGUCCAAGUGCGAGGCAUGCCACUCGUCGCGGGCCGGCGCAGACCUUAUCGACCUGGUUGGCUGCGAGUCGGUGCGCUUCACGCCAGCAAACCCCUCUAGUCCGGACUCCAGCACCUGGGCCUGCUCCAAGUGUACCCUACGCAACCCCCCCGGGAUAACCGAGUGCACGGCCUGCUGUUCCUCCAAGCUACACGGCUUCCAGGAGCCUAGUUCUCACUGCUGCCCGCACUGCAAGCUCCCCGGCCCCUGCUACUGCUCCUCAGCCUCCUCCACAUUGUCUUCUGGACACAAAGCCAGAAAACAGGCCCGGGUCUACCCUUCGCCCUCGGCCACCAACACCUCUUCCUCUUCUUCCUCAUCCUCGUCCUUCUCUUCUUCGUGCACACUGCUGCAGGAGAAGCAGUGGGGCUGUCCGGCGUGUACGCUGCUCAACGACGUCAAGUCGAAGAACUGCGCAGCAUGCCACACACCUCAGCAGUACCUGACACUGCGCAAGGUGGCCAAGCCGCUUAAGAGGAGGGAGAGCAUGCAUGUGGAGGCGAGGCGGCGCAACGACGAGGGUGAAGCCAAGGAACUCUGGGAGAACAUCACUACCUUCUGUCGAGAGAAUGUGGUGAACUUCGUCGACGACAGCUUCCCCCCAGGUCCGUGUUCCGUGGGCUUCCCCGAGGGUGACAGCGUACAGCAGCGAAUCAAAAAGUGGCUCCGCCCCCACGAGAUCAACUGCAACAACUUCAAGGACCGGGGCGUCAAAUGGUCCGUCUUCCGCACCCCGCGGCCUUCGGACAUCCUGCAAGGCCUGCUGGGAAACUGUUGGUUCCUUAGUGCGUUGGCGGUGCUGGCAGAGCGUCCAGAGCUGGUGGAGAGGGUGAUGAUCACCAGGGGCAUCUGCCAGGAGGGGGCUUACCAGGUCAGGCUGUGUAAGGAUGGUACCUGGAUAACCGUCCUAGUGGACGACAUGCUGCCCUGCGACGAGUAUGGAUACCUGCUCUUCUCCCAGGCCCAGCGUAAGCAACUCUGGGUGGCCCUGAUAGAGAAGGCCCUUGCCAAGCUCCACGGCUCCUACUUUGCCCUGCAGGCAGGGCGCGCCAUCGAGGGUCUGGCCACGCUGACAGGGGCACCGUGUGACUCCCUCAUGCUGCAGGUCAGCUCCACCAACCCCCGCGAGGAGCCCAUCGACACAGACCUCAUCUGGGCCAAGAUGCUCAGUUCCAAGGAGGCCGGGUUUCUGAUGGGGGCAUCAUGCGGAGGAGGGAACAUGAAGGUGGAUGAUGUGGUGUAUGAGUCGUUGGGCCUCCGCCCUCGUCAUGCCUACUCUAUUCUGGACGUACGGGACGUGCAGAGCUACAGACUUCUGCGGUUGAGGAACCCGUGGGGUCGCUUCUCGUGGAACGGCAGCUGGUCAGAUGAGUGGCCUGAUUGGCCGCAGCUCCUCCGCCACGAGCUCAUGGCCCACGGCAGCAGCGAGGGCGUCUUCUGGAUGGAGUAUGGAGACUUCAUCAAGUACUUUGACUCAGUUGACAUCUGUAAGAUCCAUUCGGAUUGGCAGGAGGUGCGGUUGCAGGGCUGUUUCCCCAGCAGAGCCUUUGGUCCUGUUACGGUCACUGCCCUGACCGUGCUGGAGAGGACCGCGCUGGAGUUCGCCCUCUUCCAGGAGGGCAGCAGGCGGUCGGACACAGCAGACAGCCACCUGUUGGACCUGUGUAUCAUGGUGUUCAGAGCAUCGUUUGGCAGUGGCAACAAGUUGACCCUGGGCCGGCUGCUGGCCCACAGUAAGCGAGCCGUUAAGAAGUUUGUGGGCUGUGAAGUGAUGCUGGAGCCGGGCGAGUACGCCAUGGUGUGCUGCGCCUUUAACCACUGGCAGAUGCAUAUCAGCGGAGUGGGGCUGCCCACACCAGUGUCUAGCCCCACGAGUGCACGGCGUCCCACCCAAGACUUCCCAGGGUACAUUCUGGCCAUCUACAGCUCCCGUCAGGUGAUGGUGGAGCAGGUGGAGGCUACCGCUACCACGCUGGCCGACGCCAUCAUCCUACUGACCGAGAACAAGGGAGAGAGACACGAGGGUCGCGAGGGCAUGACAUGCUACUACCUGACCCACGGCUGGGCGGGACUGAUCGUGGUGGUGGAGAACCGCCACCCCAAGUACUACCUCCACGUGUCAUGUGACUGUACAGACAGCUUCAAUGUAGUGUCCACCCGCGGCAGCCUCAAGACCAUCGACAGUGUACCGCCUCUACACAGGCAGGUGCUGGUAGUGCUAUCCCAGUUGGAGGGCAACGCAGGCUUCUCCAUCACCCACCGGCUGGCCCACCGCAAGGCCGCUCAGGCCUCCCUCGGGGACUGGACCCCCACCAAGGCCACGCACAGCCCCCAGCUCACCCCCGACAUUGACGGGCUGCACCGGCCACGGCCCCUAUGACCACGGCCCCCCCCUCGCACACACACAUACACAAGCUAAUGACACACGCGUACGUGAACACAUAUGUGCGGAAAGAGGGGGCUGUAUCAAGCUGGAAUACACACAAAACAUUUGGAGAGAGGGGGUAAUUGCGUGGGGAGGAUGACUGGACAGAGUACAUGUGGUUUUCCUCCUCCACCUUUUUCUAUAAUUCCUCGAUCCCUGAAGGAUGAUCCUCAAUCCUGCCAAACGCACCUGGAUCCAGUUGGGAAUUAGGAGAAGAGGGUGGAUUGAUGUGCCAUUUUGGAUGUGGUGGGGGAUGAGGGACACCUCCCAGGUUAAAUCAGCAUUUCUGGGUGACUAGAGGGGUCCUGAGCCUGAGAUCCUUCAACCUCCAACAAACAAUGAAGAAUUAUAUAUCUAGCCUUGUCAACUACAACGCUGUACUGUAUGUCUGACUAUGGACCAGUUACAACUGAAGUCGGAAGUUUACAUACAACUUAGCCAAAUACAUUUAAACUCAGUUUUUCAGAAUUCCUGACAUUUAAUCCUAGUAAAAAUUCCCUGUCUUAGGUCAGUUAGGAUCACCACUUUAUUUUAAGAAUGUGAAAUGUCAGAAUGAUAGUAGAGAGAAUGAUUUAUUUCAGCUUUUAUUUCAAAUUCCCAGUGGGUCAGAAGUUUACAUACAUUCAAUUAGUAUUUGGUAGCAUUGCCUUUAAAUUGUUUAACUUGGGUCAAAUGUUUUGUGUAGCGUUCCACAAGCUUCCCAUAAUACGUUGGGUGAAUUUUGGCUCAUUCCUCCUGACAGAAAUGGUGUAACUGAGUCAGGUUUGUAGGCCUCCUUGCUCGCACACGCCUUUUCAGUUCUGCCCUUAAAUUUUCUAUAGGAUUUAGGUCAGGGCUUUGUGAUGGCCACUUCAAUAGCUUGACUUUGUUGUCCUUAAGGGAUUUUGCCACAACUUUGGAAGUAUGUUUGGGGUCAUUGUCCAUUUGGAAGACCCAUUUGCGACCAAGCUUUAACUUCCUGACUGAUGUCUUGAGAUGUUGCUUCAAUAAUUUCCCUCCCUCAUGAGCCAUCUAUUUUGUGAAGUGCACCAAUCCCUCCUGCAGCAAAGCACCCCCACAACAUGAUGCUGCAACCCCCUUGCUUCACACGUUUGGGAUGGUGUUCUUCGGCUUGCAAGACUCCCCCUUUUUCCUCCAAACAUAACGAUGGUCAUUAUGGCCAAACAGUUCUAUUUUUGUUUCAUAAGACCAGAGGAAAUUUUUCCUAAAAGUUGCAAACCGUAGUAUGGCUUUUUUAUGGCGGUCUUGGAGCAGUGGCUUCUUCCUUGCUGAGCGGCCUUUCAGGUUAUGCCGAUAUAGGACACAUUUUACUGUGGAUAUAGAUACUUUUGUACCUGUUUCUUCCAGCAUCUUCACAAUGUCCUUUGCUGUUUUUCAGGAAUUGAUUUGCCCUUUUUGCACCAAAGUAUGUUCAUUUCUAGGACACAGAACGCGUCUCCUUCCUGAGCGGUAUGACGGCUGCGUGGUCCCAUAGUGUUUAUACUUGCAUACUAUUGUUUGUACAGAUGAACGUGGUACCUUCAGGCAUUUGGAAAUUGCUUGCAAGUAUGAACUAGAUUUGUGGAGGUCUACAAAAAAAUU